UGUGUCUUGGUCAAGAUGAAAGGUUUUUGUGUUGUUUUUGUGUGGAAAUGGCAGAAGGCGUUAUAGAUGGUUCUGGCUAAAGGCCGUGAUUGUGCCCGGAUUGAGAAAGUUGAUCUAGAGUUUGCGAGGUAAUAUUUGGGGAGUUGUUUUGAAGUUGUACAGCCAGUCAAACGGGUUUUGUACAGCAGACUAGAAGACAGUUCACACCACGGGCUAAACCAAGCAGCCGUUUAGUUUCACUUUAUUUCUUUUUGUUUUGAAAACGCGGCGAGGAAAUUAGAAAAAAAAAUCCAAGAAAAGUAUGAAGAGUCGGCGGGAGCUUCCGGCGGAGUAGGUUAACGAUCAGAAGUGAAAUCCGUUUGUUUGGAGCCGGUUUCGAGUUGGGUUUAGACAGGAGUUGUUUUUUUAGGAUCGCAGUAGGGGAGCAGCUUGCGUAAAAGUGCGUGAAAACGAAUGAGGGCUUUGGAGACUCCAUAGUGUCUCUGUCGCUCCCUCUGUCUCUUAACUUUUAACCCAUUGCACGAUGGAUCAGACUACUAGUGACCCAGGAUCAGGGCAGCAGUCACCUCCGGAUAAAGAGCUGAAAAGGAAGAGAGCUGAGAGCGCAGGUAGUCGCUCACCAGCCAGGAAGCGAGUGGCCGCGGACAUGCCUUUGGCGUUUGCUGGAUUCUCACACGAUAACGAGGUCUCUCUAUUUUUUCCCCCUGACGAACUCAGAUCAGACUGCCCGCAGAUGUUAGUGCACAGUUUCUCGGCCAUGGACCGGCACGACGGCACGAGCAAUGGGACUCCACGGUUGCCUCAGUUAGGGACGGUCAGCCAGUCUCCGUAUCCGACCGCCCCGCCGCUCUCUCACACUCCCAACACGGACUUCCAGCCACCCUACUUCCCUCCUCCGUACCAGCCCAUCUACCCGCAGUCGCAGGACCCCUAUUCCCAUGUGAACGACCCUUACUCGCUGAACUCGCUGCACCCGCAGCCCCAGCCGCAGCACCCGACCUGGCCUCAGCGGCAGAACCAGGAAGCGGGCAUCCUUCACCAGCCCCGCGGGCUGCCCCAACUCGCCGGCCUGGACCCGCGGAGGGAAUACCGGCGGCCCGAGGUCCUCCUCCACAGCACCCACGGACUCGAGUCCGGCCUCGGAGAUACAUUGCCCAUCCACAGCAUCGCACACGCCAUCGAGGAUGUACAGCAUGUUGAUGACCAAGGUAUUAACAUCCAGGACCAUACCGUCAUUAAGAAAGGUCCCAUGUCCCUAUCUAAGUCUCACAGUGGGGCUGUCACCUCGAUCUCACUCAAUAAAGACGGGCUCUUUGGCGGGGUUGCGAACCCGAACGAGGUGUUUUGUUCAGUUCCGGGUCGCCUCUCCCUCCUCAGUUCAACAUCAAAGUACAAGGUGACGGUGGCGGAAGUGCAGAGACGCCUGUCUCCGCCCGAGUGUCUCAACGCCUCGUUACUGGGAGGAGUGCUUAGGAGGGCGAAAUCUAAAAAUGGAGGACGGUCUUUAAGAGAAAAAUUGGACAAAAUUGGAUUAAAUUUACCGGCAGGCAGGCGCAAAGCUGCUAAUGUAACGCUGCUAACCUCACUUGUUGAGGGUGAAGCUGUGCACCUUGCCCGAGAUUUUGGUUAUGUUUGCGAAACAGAAUUCCCAGCCAAAGCAAUAGCUGAAUAUGUCAACCGGCAACAUUCCGACCCGAGUGAACAAGUGACACGAAAAAACAUGUUACUUGCAACAAAACAAAUCUGCAAAGAGUUUACAGACUUGCUGACUCAGGACCGAUCUCCUUUGGGGAAUUCUCGGCCAGCCCCGAUCCUGGAGCCUGGCAUUCAGAGUUGCCUCACUCACUUCAGCCUCAUCACACACGGCUUCGGGAGCCCGGCUCUCUGCGCCGCCAUCACCGCCUUGCAGAACUAUCUCACCGAAGCACUCAAAGCCAUGGACAAAAUGUACAUGAACAAUACUCCCAACAACCACACGGGCGAAAACCCCAGUAAAAGCGGAGACAAGGACGAGAAGCACAGAAAGUAAUGGGAUAGUUUAAAAACACGUACAAUUUCGUAAAAAAUAAAUAAAAUAAAUAAAAGUUGUCAUAUAGAUGUGACUGUUUCUCCCUCAACCUGGAACCCGGAGCCUUAGCGAACAGUGCAGGCGAUGAAGAAUUUUGAACUGCUUUUGAAAUGACACGAAAAAAAGUUUCUGAACUUUUUACCAAGUUAAAACUUCAUCCGACUGCCUCCUGAUUGACAUAACCCCCCGUUGUUUAUCUCUGUUAAGGUUGUAGUCACAAUCAUUUAAGGAAGGUAACGAGGACACAUUUUAUCAGUAUUGUGAAUAAACCUGCACAGUUCCUCUGUCAUAAUCAUCGUUGUAGAGAAAAAAAAGUCCUCUAAGGUAACGGUCAACUUGAACAUUUAUUGCAACUUGCAGUCCGCGGUAUAACAAGGGAAACAGUGUUCAUGUAUGUAUAUAUUUAUUUAUGUGUAAUUUAAUGGGAAUUGUAAAUAUGGUGCGUCUGUUUAAGCCUUUAUUUUAUUUAACUGGUGAUAUCGUUUACCUCCUGUUAGUGGGUUUUAUUCCUCAUCAACCACAGUAGUUCUUUCCGUGAUUUUUAUGGUACUUAUUUAGAAAGGUAUUGGGUAAACUCUGGGAUACACAUUUUAGCCCUCUGUAGCAUGUCGUGGCGAUAAGCAGUUGAACAAAAUCCAAGGGGUUGGUGGGGGGGGGGGGGGGGGGGGUCUGAGUUUUAUACAAGCAUCGAAAUUAGUUUAUAAUACCACAGAAGUCCGAAUUUUAAAAAAAAGUUAAGAUCUUAAAUGAAAGAAGCAUCUGCGAUGCGUUUUUUUGUGUUUUAAAAUACCCCACGUGUUGUGACAAAGGAAUUACCUGACACCAUGUCCCCUUCCCUCCUGACAGAAUCACAGCAAUAAACUGAUAUUGUCUAUAGAACGGUUUAGUAUUUUAUUGUUGAACUGACAGCAUUUGGGACGACCUGAUACCUUGUAUGUCCGCUGGCCAAAUUGGAAGCAGUUUUUAGCUGUAUUAUAUAGAGUUGUGUUGGCAAUAGUUUACAUGCCUGUCGAUGUAUCAUAGUCCUUUGUUACCCAGAUAAAUAAAUAUUUGAUACGCUUUA